AUGUUUUCACCAACUUCCCUCUCCCGUAAUCAAGUGAGCCUUCCAAAUCAUCAUGAUUAUCGGAAACGAUUCAGAACCACUCUCACAACGAUACCGAUCAUGUUCAUUCUAUUCCUUUCAUUAUUACUCUCUCCAAUGAUGGUUCAAUCCAAGCCCAUGAUUAGUGGAGGCUCUCAAGUUGUACAAUCCCACCAAUUUCCCUUCUAUGGAGGAAUUACAUUGCCAGGCAUCGAUAAGAUUAUUUGUAGCGGAUUUUUCUACAAGGAAGAAUAUUUCAUUUCACUUGCAAAUUGUCAAGGAAAUAAUUAUAAGGUGACUGAUUUAUUAAUUUAUGCAGGAUCCAAUGAUCGAAGAUGUUGGGAUAGCAAUGUACCAUGUGCUGUAUUUAAUGUAGUUUCUACAGUGACACAUCCUGGAUACAGUGCUAAAUCGUUAGCUAAUGACAUUGGAAUUUAUAAAUUGAAAGACUCCAUUUCCACAGUUGUGAAAAAUCGAAGUGAUGUGGUGGUUUCAACAUUGGACAUUACUGAUGAAUUGCCAGCAUUUAAUUCUACUUUUUAUGACUUGAUGGGAUGGGGUAGAUUGAAUGUCAGUUCAUCGAGUGGACCUUAUUUACUUCGAACCAUCCAACAAACGAUCGUUGCAGAUACACUAUGUGUGAAUGCUGAUACUAAUGGAAAAUAUAAUCCAGAAAUUAUGAAAUGUGUGAAUGGAGGUGGUCAUGGAGGAUGUCUAGGUGAUGGUGGAAGUCCAUUGAUAUUUAAAAACAAUACUCGUUAUGAAGCUGCAGCCAUGUUCAGUUUUUCAUUGGGAAAUACUGACAAAAUUUGUGAUGAAGGAACCUAUCAUGCAUAUCUUCAUCUUCCAAAAUAUAAGAAAUGGAUUGAUGAAACUAUUAACUCCCUUGAAAGCGAUGGAGUGACACUAUUCAAACACUUUUCACACAUGGUUGUGCUUCUUUGGUGUCUGAUUUUGCUUUUGAAUUUUUAA